CACGCUGCGCUGUUCAAUAGUCUAUAUUACUUUCUUGAUUCGCUCCAAAGUAUUUAUCAAUUCGGUAUUUGUUUUGAUUGUUACUCUUAUAAUAAUAUAAUUUACUACACACCACAUAUAAUUAAUGCAAAGUUAUUAUAAUUAACAUUAUGGCGUCACAUUUAAGUACAAAGGAUAGAUUGCUCUCACUUGUAGAUGAUAUAGAAUUAAUAGCAAAAGAGAUUAUUGAGGUAUCCAUAGCUCCAAAAUCACAGAAAUUAUCAGCUGCCGAGUUUGCUCAAUUGACGGACUUACUUCUAGCAAAGGAUGUAGAAUUAAAAAAUACUUUAGAAUUAGCUGAAGAACAAGCUAAGAUACAACAAAAAAUGAACGAUCUCAAAGCAGAAGUUGAUAACAAGGAUCAAGAUAUACAUCAUCUUCAGAGGCAACUAAAGGAUGCUGAACAAAUUUUAGCUACAUCCUUGUAUCAAGCAAGACAAAAACUUGCUUCAAUUGUAAAAUCCAGAAAAAGACCAGUUCCAUCUGAAGAACUAAUAAAAUUUGCACAUAGGAUUAGUGCAUCAAAUGCCGUUAGUGCACCACUGUCUUGGCAACCUGGGGACCCUCGACGUCCAUACCCCACAGACCUAGAGAUGAGACUGGGUAUGCUUGGUCGCCUCUGUGAUCUACCACUCAAUGGUCACACACCAUCAACACUGAAUGAUCUCCAUCGAAUUACUACUGGCGGAGUACCAACUACAGCAACAAAUCAAUUCACAUGGCACCCCACCGGCGAACUUCAUAUGUCAGUAGGAGGUGGUAACUCAGUAGCCAUUGAUAGUCGUGGGAAGGAUGCUCACACACAGGAGGAUGUUGAAGUCAUGUCCACAGAUUCAAGUUCAAGUUCCAGUAGUGAUUCACAAUGAAUAUGCCUCCUUAAUGUGUUCAGUGAUGACACUGCAACAGCAAUUCCUACGGAAUCGAUAUAUUAUGGAUGCAACCUGUAUGGUGGAACAUAAGGAAGUGAUAAAGACAAUUUAUAUUUCGUUUUGAUAGUGAAAUGUUUAUUUAUGAAGCCUAUGAAAUAAAGUACUUAUU